AACACCCCUUCGCACUGAUUUGUCCUAUGACAUUUCCAUUCCAGUUUGCAAGAUGAAAGUGUUACUGCUAGCGUUGAUGCUGCUGUGUGUGGUGCUGGGUGCUACUGAGGCAGCCCGGUGUAUACGAGACAACAGCAACGGUGAGCCUGGAUGCAAAACGAAGGAAGAAAUCGACCAAGGCUACUGGCGCCACAACUACGAUCCGACGCGCUACUGGGAGUGCACGAAGUUGAACGAGCGUGCCAUCUUGCGCUCGUGUCAGGAUCAGGCGUUCCAUCCGACGCAGCUCGACUGUGUCGACUGGAAUGACUGGGAGUGGGAACCGGUGUGCGCUCCACUCUCCCGACCAGACCAGUAGUGAUGGAGAAGGUGUAACCAUCUACCAGACAGCAAACCAUGCUGUAGCUGGUAGUCACCUCUAAAGAACAGACCGAGCGACCAAAAAAAAAAAUGGUUGUGUUCAGGUUUUUGGAAAUAAAGCAAGUUCAAACAACAACAAACUGUGAAACAACGAUCAAACAAU